AUGGCUGUCAACUUGGGCUUACCCUUCCAGGCCCCUGAGGUUAACCCGAUCACCUACAAGGCUCGUGCCAUUCCCUUCCUGAACCCUCUUAACAUGUACGGAAGAGUAUUCUUUUUCAGUUGGUUCGGCUUUUUUGUGGCAUUCUGGAGUUGGUACGCGUUCCCUCCACUGUUGCACGACACUAUCCAAAAAGACCUCCACUUGACCAAAAUCGAUGUGGCCAAUUCCAACAUCGUCGCAUUGUGUGCAACUUUGCUUGUCCGACUCAUCGCGGGUCCAUGCUGUGAUCGUUUCGGGCCUCGCUGGACAUUCGCCGGUUGCCUGUUUAUUGGUGCCAUUCCCACAUUCUUGGCUGGAACUGCGUAUACCAAGAGCCAGCUCUUUGCUGUUCGUUUCUUCGUGGGCAUUCUGGGUGGCAGCUUCGUUCCGUGUCAAGUAUGGAGCACUGGCUUCUUUGACAAAAAUGUAGUCGGCACUGCCAACGCCUUCACGGCUGGGUUUGGUAAUGCGGGAGGUGGUGUGACUUAUUUCUUGAUGCCAUCCAUCUAUGACUCUCUCCUCAGCAAUGGCUUGACUCCUCACACAGCCUGGCGUGUGGCUUUUGUUGUCCCGGGCAUUGUCAUCGUCGUUGUUGCUUCGGGUCUUCUAUUACUUUGCCAGGAUACACCCACCGGCAAGUGGAGUGAACGCCAUAGUGCUGCUGAGUUUCACCUCGCGGCUCAUGGUGUUCAAGCUACCCUUGUUGAUAGGCCCAGUAUCAGCAUUGCAGACAAGGAUCACUCGGUAUCUUCAGGCUCAGGCAGCCCCCCAGCGGGUGAGAAGAUGCAUUAUGAUGCCAGCGCCGACCGCAAAAUGUCCGCGUAUGCUGAUCAUGAGGCUCAAAUGACCGAGCAACAAAUGCUCGACACUGCUCGUGGCGAGAUUGUUGUGAAGCCUACGCCCAUGGAAGUCGUCAAAGCCAUGUUUGCUCCUCAAACCCUCGUCCUCGCCUUCUGCUACUUCUGCUCUUUCGGCGCCGAACUAUCAAUCAACUCUACUCUCGGAACAUAUUAUCAGAAGAACUUCAAGCAGCUCGGCCAGACCACCUCCGGACAAUGGGCUGCCAUGUUCGGCUUGCUCAAUGUCGUCUGCCGUCCCUGUGGAGGCAUUUUCGCAGACAUCCUCUUCAAACGCUUUCACAACGUGUGGGUGAAGAAGGUCUGGAUCCAUACUUUGGGUAUCAUUACCGGUGCCUUCCUCAUUGUCAUCGGCAAGCUUGACCCCCAUCACACCAGCACGAUGUUCGGCCUCAUUGCCGGUAUGGCUUUCUUUUUGGAAGCGUGUAACGGAGCAAACUUCGCUCUAGUUCCACAUGUCAAUCCCCAUGCAAAUGGUGUGGUGUCAGGAAUGACUGGCGGUUGUGGGAAUCUCGGAGGCAUUAUCUUCUCCAUCAUCUUCCGCUACAUGAAAACCGAUUAUGGGAAGUCAUUUUGGAUCAUCGGCGUCAUCAUCAUUGCCAUCAACUUGGCGGUUUCCUGGAUUCCGCCAGUGUCGAAGAAGCAGAUUGGUGGUCGAUAA